GUGAUCUUUGCCACCUGCUGGAAGGCAGACGCGAACAAGGAAGUCUAGCCCUGAAAGCUCUAUGUUUGGCGAAGCUAGCAUUUAAUAAACACUACUGACGGGGAGUAGACUUUCUGCUGUCCACUCGUUAGUUGCGUCUGCGUGGAACGAUGUUUAAAAAGCUCAAGCAGAAGAUAAAUGAGGAGCAGUCACCGCAGAGGAAUGCGCAGUCAUCUCAGCAGGCCCAGAUGGGCGGUGGAGACCGGCGUAGCAGCCAGCCACACCCUAUUCACCACGAUGUCACACCUUCUCCCAGUGACAGAGAGAUGCUGGCCGGGAUGAUAGCAGAACCCGCUUUUCUCUCAGAGUAUACUAUCUUUGCUCUGGACCAUUCAAAACGACCCAAAACGGCCCAGGUAGCCAGUGUGAGUACCACCAAAGGGCCCGCUCGGUCUCCCAGAGGCAGCAUUAAUGGGGAUGGAAGAGCCUCUCCUCAACAGAAAGAGGAGUCGCAGUCGUUCGCCCAGAAACUGCAGCUGAAAGUUCCCUCCGUGGAGUCUCUGAUCCGAGGCGGGGCCAGCCGGGCGGAAAGCCUGUUCCGCUCCUCGUCGAAGGAGAACCUGGUCCGGAGCCCGUCGCGCGAUUCCCUGACACCACAGGGAGAAAAUGAAGCGGCCCCCUCCUACGAUCCUCCAUCAGAUAUUGAGAGUGAAGCAGAGGAGGCGCCAGGGAGCGCAGAGUCGCUUUCUAAAGAGCAACUGCUGCACAGACUGCUUCAAGUGGAGAGCAGCCUGGGGAAGUACCGAGGGAAGUACUCAGAGCUGGUUACGGCGUACCGAACAGUGCAGCGUGAAAAAGAAAAAACGCAGGCCAUCCUCAGUCAGAGCCAAGAUAAAGCUCUACGCAGGAUUGGAGAGCUUCGGGAGGAACUUCAAAUGGACCAACAGGCGAAAAAACACCUUCAAGAAGAGUUUGAUGCAGCGUUGGAGGAGAAAGACCAGAUGAUCACCGUCCUUCAGACACAGGUUGCUUUGUUGAAGAAGCGAACUAAAGGCGCCGCUGAUGGUUCAGUGGCGCCUGACCAGGACGUUCCUCAGUCAGAGUUGGCAGCAGAUCCAACAUCUGCAUCGCAGACUCCAUCUGAGGAGCAAAAACUGGAACCUGAGAUUGCAGAGGUAGAGGGCAACAGUGAUCCAGCUAAGCUCCUAGAGACUCUGCAGAAACGAGUGACAAGGCAGGAAAACCUGCUGCAGAAGUGCAAAGACGUGAUCCGCACGCACAAAGACCGGAGCGCACAGCUGAGCAGCGAGAAUGAAACUCUGCACCAGCAGCUGCAGGAGCGGCUGCAGGAGCUGGAGAAGAUGAAGGAACUGCACACAACAGAAAAGACCAAACUGAUCACUCAGCUGCGCGACGCCAAGAACCUGAUUGAGCAGCUGGAGCAGGACAAGGGUAUGGUAAUAGCAGAGACCAAAAGGCAAAUGCAUGAGACCUUGGAAAUGAAAGAAGACGAGAUAGCACAGCUGCGCUCCAGACUUCAACAGGUCACGGCUCAAAAGGAGGAAAUACAGGAUCAGAGGGAAAAAGGGGAGAAAUCAGCGUUUGAAGAGCUCGAGCGAGCUCUGAGUGCUGCCCAGAAGGCAGAGGAGGCGAGAAAACAGCUGCAGGUUCAGCUGGAUGAGCGAAUGAAGGAGGUUGAGAGGGCCAGUGAAGAAGAGAGGAAGAGCCUGCAGCAGGAGCUCACACGCGUCAAACAGGAAGUCGUCUCCAUAAUGAAGAAAUCCUCAGAAGAAACGGUGUCCAACUUAGAAAAGACGCACAGAGAAGCUAUGGCGGCUAAAGAAGAGGAACUAAAGGAGAAAAUUCACAAAGCCGUGGAGCAGUGUAAGGAGGAGUUUGCUCAGUUGUCCAAGGAGCAGGAGCAGCAGGCCUCUCUGGCUCUGGAGGAUUCAGAAUUGCAGAAGUCGGCCAUAAGGACAGAAGCUGACGUUAAGGUUCGGGAAAUCCAGCUAGAGCUGGAGGCUGCAAGAACAAGGAUUUUGGAGCUAGAAAGUUCUGUGGACAAGAUCUCACAAGAGUCCGGUGUCACUUCUGAGCUUUCCAGCCAUCUGGAGAAGCUGAAGAGUCAACACAAAGAAGAACUGGCAGCAUUAGAAGAAAAGCAUCAGGAGGAACUGCUAAAGCACAAAGACGGUCUGACUCAGCAGCACAACACCGCUCUUCAGGAGCUCAUCGAAAAACACCGCGUUGAGGUGGAGAGCCUUGUCAAAGACAAGGAGAUGCAGUUCCAAACACACAUUGAAGACAUGAACCAGAAGACGUUAGAAAAACUGGAUGCAAAGCAGGCCGAGUUGGAGGCCGUUUCUGCUGAGUUGUCAGAGGUGUUGAAGAGUAAACGGGCUCUGGAGGAGAAACUGUUGGCAGCAGAAGACGCUUCCACGUUAGCUCAGCAGGAGCAAGAGAAACGCUUCCAAGAUCUGGUUUCAAAGCAGAAUGCUGAGCUGGAAAACAGCAGGCAGGAGCGUGAUCAGAAGGUUGGAGAUGUGCAAAGAACUCUGGAGGAAAAACUCUCCGCAGUUUUAAGUGAAAAGGAAAAAGAGAUCGAACAGCUUACCCUGAAAGAAAAAACACUAGAGGAAAAAUCACAUUCCACAGCAGAACACUUACAGAUCAAGAUUAAGGAACUUGAAGAUCUACAGCAGAGUUUAGCCCACGUCCAGAUAGAAAACCGGAACUUAAAAGAAACAAACACUCGGUUAGGGAAGGCUUCUGAAGACUUGGAUCAGUGUAAGAAGGAUUUGAUGGAUCUAAAGGAGCGUUUGGAGGCAGCAAAGAAGGAUUUUCAGCAAACUCAGAAGUUGCUUCAAGAAGCUGAACGGCAGUUGGAAGAGAGCAAAAAGGAGCUGUUGGAGAAGGAGAAGUCUCAUGCAGCUGAGCUGGACGAACAGGCACGCCUGAAGAAACGGCUGGAGGAGGAAAAAGCUGCUCAUGAGAAGAAGCUCACCAGCGUGGAAGCUAAGCUGAAGGCACAGGAGACUAAAAUGGAGAAGUUCAAGCAAAAGGCCAAAGAAAUGCAGGAGAACUUUAAGAAAAAGCUUCAGCAGACGGAAGAAAACGCGAAGAAAGAGCUCGCCAAAAAGGAAGUGGAGCUUCAGCAGAAAGAGCAGCAGGUUCAGGAUAAGAUUGUGGAAAUGGGUCAGAAAAGCUCUCAAGGUCUAAGCAGCGCGGUGUCAGAACUCCAGAGCAACCACAGGGAGGAACUGGAGAAACUCCACGCCGCUCACAAGCAUGAAGUGGAGGACGUUGAGCGCCGGUGCCAGGAGAAGCUGGCUCAGCAGGAGGAAGAGGUGACGGAGAAGCAUUCAGCUGUGCUUCAGGAGAAGAGUCAGGAGCUAAACGAACUGUCUGAGCAGCUCAACGCGAGCCGAGCAGAAAACGAACGGCUGAUGGGGGAGAUGAAGAACCUAAAGGAGGACUUGAUGGUGCGAGAAAUGACUGUUCAGAAGCUGCAGGAAGAGCUUGACAAAGCAGCAGUUAAGCUGGAAACUUUGUCUCGGGGUGAAGCGUUGCUAAAAGAACAAUACGACCAGGUUCUAAAUGAGAGGAACUCUCUAAAACGAACAGAGGAGGAGAGCAGGGAUAAACUUAAGAUGCUGUCGGAGAAGCUGAAGGAAACAGAGGAGCAGCUUGAAAUGUUGAAAAAUUCCAAAUUUAAGGAGAAUGAGGACCUGCAGAGUAAAUUUGAAGAAACAUCCACUCAACUACAAGCUAAUAAGGCAGCGUUCCAGCAGGAACUAGUUUCAAUUAUCACCAGAAUGGACCAGUACUGUCAAGACGUUCAGUCCAAGGUGGAGAACGCCUCCAACCAGCUCCAACAGAGAGUUGAACAUCGAGUGGAGGAGCUGAACAGCAGGUUGAUGCACAGUCAGGAAAAUGUGGGAAAACUUCAAAAGACAGUCCUAACUAAGUUAAGUGGAAUUUGCACUUUAGAGGACAAUCUUCACAAGCACACGGAGGAGAAGAAGAAUCUAUGCAUUUCAUUAGAACAGAUGGCUGCUCAGGUAAACGCUCAGGUGGAGCAAAUCAAAGCCUUAACACAGGAGAAGGAGGGGCAGUCUCAGCACAUCAGCGACCAAGCUCAGAAACUGGAGGAGAUGAGGGCGGCGAGCGCGUCCACAUCGGAGGAUCUGAAAACAAAAGAGCAGCAUCUCCGAGACUUGGAGAGCAUCAUCGCUGAUGUGAAAAACCAGCUUUUAAGUAGCAUCAACGAGAAAGAAGAAGCCAUAAGUCAGCUGAGCCAGCAGCAUGAAGAGGAGAGACGGCGAGCUGCGACUCAGAUGAAGAAGACCGUCGAGAGAUUGGAGCAGGAGAAGAAGUCUGCCCAGGAGCAAGCAGACGCCCUCAGGAACAGCCUGUCUGAGCACCAGAACACGGCAAAGGCAAAGCUCAUCCAACAAAGCGACACGAUUGCAUCUCUGCAGUCCCGGCUGGAAGAGAUGGAGCAGGAAAUAUCUAAAAAGAAUGAUGCUCUGCAGAGGCUGGAGGGGAGCUUCGACAAUCAGUCCAUCAGCAAGUCUGAGAUGGAUCAGCUGCUGAGCGAGAAGGAGCAGCGAGUCAGCGACCUGACGUCGGAGCUGGAGCGAUGUCGAAGUCGCCUGGAUGAGCUUCAGCAGCAGUUGGCCUUGAAGACGAACGAGUGUGAGCAGCUGGCCUCCGACCUCAAACAGCAUCAAACCAUCCGGGAGAAUGAGAAGAAGGAGCUGGUGGAGCAGCUGCAGCAGAUGCACAGCUCCCAGAAUGGCAACUUGGAGCAAGAGAUGGUGGAGAAACUGCACUCCCUCGAGGAGGACAACCAGAAGUAUCAACAGGAGCUGGGCAGGCAAAGGGAAGAAUUUGAAAGAAUGAAAGCGGAGUUCAGCAGGAGCAAGGAGUCGAGUCUGAAGGAAGCGGAGGAGAGGCUGUCUGCAGAGAGCGCUCGCAAAGUGUCAGAGCUGAAGAAGAAAGCUGAGCUAAAGAUUAGCCAGAUUCAGAAAACGCUCACUGCUCAGAUUGAGGAAAAAGAGCAGAUGAUUAAGGCUCUUCAGAGCAGCCUGGAGGAGAACAGGAACAACGAAGCUUUAAGCAAAAAGCACGUUGAAACUCUUGAAGUGAAAACGAAGACUCUGGAGGAAUCUCUGAUCAAGCUCAAGGAGGAGCAGGAGAAGCAGCUUCAGCAGAUUCUGAGUGAUGAGAAACUUCAAAAAGAAAAGGCUUUAGAGGAGAUGAAAAGUGUUUAUGAAGAAAAGCUGAUCUCCUGUCAGAGAGAUGCUGCGCAACGAGAGGAUCUGAAAGAAACAGAAUCUGCCCUGAAGGAAAUCCAAGCAAAGCUGACGGAGGCUGAGGAGCAGAAUGAGAACCUUCUCGCUGAAAUAAACCGUUUGAAAGAGCGAAUAUGCGAGAAGGACGUCCAGCUCCAUCAUGCAAGUGCUGAGAAGCUCCAGGAUUCAAACAGGCUUGAGGCUGAGACGAAGGUGGAAGCGAGCGGCACUCAGCGAUCUGGGAGCGAGGUGGAGGACAGGACCGCUGACGAGCCUCUGCUGCCUCUAAAGAAUCAAUUGAGUAAGAUCAGGAGUGAAAAAGAGAAGAUCCAGAAGGAUUUCACCAGGUUACAGAAAGACAUGCGGGUCAUGAGGAAGGAGCACGAACAGGACCUGGAGUACAUGAAAAAAGAGCUGCUGGAGGAGAACGACAAAAAGCUAAAACAAGAGCUGGAAGACUUGGAACUGAAGCACAAUUCCAACAUCAAACAGUUGAUGAGAGAAGUCAACACGCAGAUGGCUUUAAAGGAGAAGGAGCUCGAUACCGCUGUGAAGGAGACAAUCGCCAAGGCCCAGGCCGUGGAGGCGGAGCUCAUCAGCAGCCAUCGGGAGGAAGCCAGCCAGCUGAGGAGCAUGUUGUCUCAGAAGGAGGAGGAUUUGCACAGAACUGUUCAAAAGUAUGAACAUGUCAUUCAGAACCGAGAAGACGAGAUGGGAGACAGAGUCUGGCAGGUUCAGAAGCAGCUGGAGGAGUUGCAGACUCGGUUCCGGGACACCUCAGAGGUGACCUCAGAGGACCUACAGGCCCAGCUCGCUGAGAAGACGACCCUGCUGAGCGAGGCUCGGCUGAAGGAGCAGGGCUUUAUAGAGAAAAUCCACUCGCUGGAGGACAAGAUUAAAUUUCUGCACCGCAGCACUGUUGUAACUCAUCUGGGGAGCUCAGUGAAAGAUCCUGGAAUCAGCGUUCCUGAUGCUCUGUCAGAAGCCACAGAGAUGGAGUACCUGAGGAAGGUUCUGUUUGAAUACAUGAUGGGACGGGAAACAAAAACAAUGGCCAAAGUAAUAACCUCCAUGCUGAAGUUUCCUCCAGACCAAGCACAGAAGGUUCUGGACAAAGAAGACUCAAAACCACUUCCGUGGUUACGAUGAGUUCUCGAUGGAUUGGGGUCUUUACGAUCACAUCAGCUGCUGCUACUGUGCUGAAGGGGAAGACUGCCAUGGAUUAGAAAAAGCCCUUCUCUCUGUAUCUCAUGGUUCAUAUGUGUGCGUGUGUGUGCGUGUGGGAUGGGAGAGUCUGUGUGUGAAAGAGAUGGUGUGUGUGUCUAUGAAAACUUGUAAAAGGUUUGAGGGAAUUUCAUAAUCUUCCAUUAUCCACAGUUUAAAAAUUACGUUUAUUUAUGUUUUAGAAUAUAAAGAAUUUGUUUUAGGGUUUGUUUCUACACGUUGGCUUGUGCAAUAAACGGUAUCACAUUCUAAAGCUGACAGUCAGUUGAUUUAUAAGUUUCCUCGUUGUGUUAAUGUCUGACUCACUUCCUAUGUAAAUCCACUGACGACCCUGUAACUGUGCGUUCCCCCUCACAUCGACAUACGAGCCUCCGGAUGGCGAUGGUGACGGUUCAACGCCGCUGUCCUGCACUUGAUAUUUUUAAGAUAAUGCUCACAAAAAACCCCAAAGUGUAAAUUGUUUUAUGAGAAAUACCACUGUAGUAUGGAACACUUAUUGACUUGCUAUACAUUUUCAGACUUAUGGAUUAAAUCUUAUUUACAAAAGAG